CUCUACGUAGUGCGGCUGGUGCUGCAUCCUCUCGACGUCCGGUUACCUGAUCCCCACUACCUAUCAUUCAUGGGGUCCGUCCACUUUGGACCCCCGUCUUGUUCUACAAACAGCUUCUUCUUUCAUCUACUCUCACCACCUCGGCCGAGGAGCAUAGCUCUCGGUAGUCUCAAUCUUUAGAUAAAUCUCUUCUCGUUCGGAUUUCUGGAUCAAGCGGCUGUGCCUGCUAGCUCCCGGCUCGCUAUUGCCUCCCUCCCUCCCCCCCUCCCUCCUCCUCCCUCCCCUUGCCUCGCGCAGACUGCAUCACGACAUUGACCUGGGAGGCGACCCAGUCGACAAUAGCUUCCACCAGCAGGAAGACGAUCGUGAAUCGUUCUGUUCUGACCUACGGGUAGCCGAAUAUGAGCUCGACACCGUCUAAUCUGGGCAAGUCCCUUUCAGCAUCGACUUCCCAUUCGCCUUCGGUUCAACCCGGCCCCGUAACCACGAGCUUCGAAUCCAACCGCCGACCUUCCCAAGCCAGUCCUUCACUUCCUCACGCCACACCACGAAAGGGCCAGGGCUCCCGCAAACAACACAAGAUGCAGCGGCGACCGGGCUUGGGUGAUUUUAGACAACACUCGAACCCGGACGACGACGACGCCAUGGCUGAGGCAAGAGCCCUGCGGAAUGCCUCCAGUCGACGAGGCCAGACCUCCAUCACACACCUGCUCAACUACAGUCUGCCACCGCGAGCCUACGCCGACCACAACUCGUAUGCCAGAAACUACAGGCGGAACCCGACGUGGGGCCCCGGCUCGGGCCACCAUGCUGUGGACAAGGCGAGAUACGUCCAUGCGAACUACAGAUUCGUCGUGUCGCCCGAAGGCAACUAUGCCAGCCAGGCGGCCGAUGCUGACGUGCACAUCGACUGGAGCAACGUUUUGCAGAUCCUGGCCUCUUCGGAGUCGCAGGGGGCCAGUUGCCCGAUCUGCCUGUCGGAGCCGGUAGCGCCGAGGAUGGCAAAGUGCGGACACAUCUUCUGUCUGCCCUGUCUGAUUCGGUUCAUGAACUCUACGGACGAGGACUCGAAGCCUGGAAAGGGCGCGAGAUGGAAGAAAUGCCCCCUCUGCGAGGACAGCGUUUACCUACACGAGACACGGCCCGUGCGGUUCUAUGCGGGACAGGAGAGCCCCCUACCUCGCGUCGGGGACGACGUGGUGCUCCGGCUGAUGGCCCGGACAGCCAAGUCGACUCUCGCGUUGCCGUGGGAGAAUGGCUCGGAUGCGCUCAAUGUGGCGGAUGAUGUGCCUUGGCACUUUGCGGCGAAUGUAUUGGACUAUGCCAGGAUUAUGAAGGGAACCGGAGACUACAUGGCGGAGCAAUACAAUGAGGAAAUCGAGGCGCUGCAGAAGCAGGGAACAGAGGACCAGCUUUUGUACCACGAGGACGACGAAUGGACACAGAAGGCUAUACGGGCCAUCAAUGCAGCCAAGGAGAAGGUCCAAGACCUGGGCAAGAACGACUCGAUGCUGCCGAACAAGAAGCCAGGCCAGAGCAAGACCGUCCAGCCCGACUUCUACUUCUACUCAUCACAACCGCAUCUCUACCUCUCGGCUCUCGAUAUCAGGAUCCUCAAGACCAAGUACGGCGACUUUUCGGCAUUCCCGACGACGUUGUUGCCCCGUGUUGAGCACAUAUCGACCGGGCACGUGUUGGAUGAAGUGCAACGGAAGCGAGCCAAGUACUUGGGUCAUCUCCCCUACGGAUGUCGUAUCAGUUUCCUUGAAUGCGAUUGGACAGACAUCGUGCCGGCAGAGGUCCUCGAAAAGUUUGCCGACGAAAUCGGCCGGCGGAGGAAGCGGAAUCGCGACAAGGCCGUACAGGAGGAACGCGAGAGGCUUCAGUCCGAAAGGAUUGAAGCUGCCCAAUUCAAGAGCACCGCGGCCAUGAGGCGCGAGUAUGGCCCCAUCGACGAAGAGCACGUCCCCGCGUUGAACCUGGAAGAAUUCCAGCCCCUCACCAGCCAUGCCGGCGCCACGCCGCCGGAUCCUCGUCCGGGUUUCGAGCACCUGGCAUCCAUCUCGACAAGCCCGUCCACACAAAAGACCGUGUGGGGCACGCAUGUUGUGCAUGGGUCGCCGGAUCUUGCCCCGGCUCCCCUUCGCCAAGUUGACGAUGGGUGGUUGAAGGAGGAAGACUUUCUUGACGCCGCCGAGCUGUCUUUCCAGAUGGAGGCACUCGGUGUGGCCGAGCCGGGACCUUCGAGCAGCAGUACCCCCGUAGGGAUAGGUGCCGGUGGCGGUAGCGGCAGUGGUGCUGGCGGUGGCAAGGGAAAAAAGAAGAAGCAGAAGAUCACACUGAUGAGCACCGGUGGGCGUAGACAGGGAUAGGCAGGCUAAGGUGCCUGGGCGCGAUGGCGAGCGAAUGACGUAUGGGUGCUCGCAAGCGUUUGGGAGAGGAAGCGAGAGACUCUGAUUUUCAGCGAGGUAGAGUCGGGGGCCUAGGAGACAGUCAGGGGAGAGAGUGUGGGAAACAGAGUUUGUUAUAACUGCUUCGAUCAGACCAAACCAAAGAAGAAUAAAUCAAGAAGGAGUUUGUUUAUACAUCUAGCCAUCCUUUCAGGGGGAAAGGGGGGAAAGGAAAGGGGUUGGUUUCGGUAACAGGCUGCUGUUUAUUUUCAUUUUAUUUUUAUUUUUCUAUUUUUACACGCAGGAUAUAUCAGAAGCAUCUAGAGAUGCGCAACAAGAAGUGUUA